AUGGGAGCACAGGCCAAGGACUGGGAGGGGCGUGAAUCCGAGUACACUUAUUUUUUCACCCCCGAAGACAUCGCUGAGCUGGCGGCAGCUGUUGGCGCGCUCAAAGGCCGCGGCAUCAGCACCGAAGAUGACAUCAUCCCGCUGACUAAGGAUGACUACGCGCUGCCAAACCUGGCGCCCAAGCUUGUCGGCCUGGCCAAGGAGGUCACACUGGGCCGCGGCUUCCAGCUGCUCAAGGGCUUCCCAGUGGAUCAGUACAAGGGUGACAGGGUGGGCUUGGUGCUGGCAUACUGGGGCGUUGCCUUGCACCUGGGCCGCCCGCUGGUGUCACAAACGGACCAUGACUAUGAGGGGUCCGCAAACGGGGGGACUUACGGAUCCGUCCUCAACCACAUCACCGUCGGCCGCCAUGCGCGCCCUGCGGGCACCAAGGCGCAUGCAGUGGACACCAUCCGACUUGUGUUCCACUCCGACCAGGGAGCUACUGAUCUCAUCAGCCUCCUCUCCCUCACCAACGCCAAGGAGGGCGGUGUCAGCAAGUGGGUCUCAUCGAUCGCGAUCCACAACGAGCUGCUGCGCCGCGGCCGCAAGGAUCUGGUGGAGGUGCUGUCCAAGCCCUGGUACGUGGGACGCAAGCUUGACCAGGCGCGCUUCGAGAGGGACGAGGCGGGAAACCUGAUCAAGGAGGCCACAAUCCCAUUCGAAUACCACGACGGCUAUCUGUCGGUGUACUACCAGUCCAACAACUACCAGGAGGUCGAGAAGGAGCUCAGCCCCCUGCAGGAGGAGGCCCUCUGGGCCGUGGCGGCUCUGGCGGAGGACCCGGAGUUCCAUUUUGCGCAAGUUUUGGAGCCGGGCACCAUUGAAUGGAUCCACAACCCCUCCAUCAUGCACUCGCGCUCCGAGGUCGUCGACGGAGAGGCGAGUGAUGAGAAGCGGCACCUGCUGCGUUUCUGGGUGGACACUGAUGCCAACACCCGCCCAAUCGCGCCCACAUUCGCCCCACGUUCCAGCGUGCAGGCCCAGGGUGGAUUCAAGGUGCCUGAAGGGUCGAAGCUGCGGCUGCCACUGCACCCGCCCAGCCGCCCAGAUGCCUGA